UGGAGCAGCGAAAACGGAGCGCGGGAGUUGGCACAAAAGCUCUACACCGCUGCAGACCCACAAUAAACUCGGAAAAAGAGAGUGCGGAGAAAGAGAGAGCGUACGCAGAGAGAGUACCUGAGAGAGAGAACCUAAAGAGAGGGAGACUUUCCGAGAUAGGUUGUUAUUUGGCGACAGUCCCCGCACAGAAUUAUCUGCUCAGUGCUAAAGUUGUACUCGUGCUGCGUAGCUCGUGUGGGCAAGGCCGUUCCUCGACACGCCCACCCACCGCCCCGCGCGCCCCUAGCCACGCCCCCCAGCUGGUAGCAGCAGCUGCUUUUCAGUGAAGUGCGUGCGCGGUACGCGUUUCGUUUCGCGGCAACGGAAUUGCCGCCGGUUAAUAAAAACGUCCUGUGCAAAGACGAAAUAAAUAUGUGUAUAUCACCACUUUUUGCAUAAUACUAAAACUAAAACUAAACAUUUAAGCGGUAAUAUACUAUUUACUGUCGCGCUAUCCCCAUCCCCUUUUAUCAACGAAGCGCCAGCCAGUCCGCGUUAUCAGCAAACGGACCGCGACAAAAACACAAAAACAUACUGUAAAAUACACAAAAAAUAAAUAAAAACAAAAAUGAAAAGAAAAUGCAUUUGAAUGCGUGAGUGUAUGUUUAGCUUGCAGGAAAAAAGCCACAACAACUUUUGCGACGAAAAGGAAUUGGUCGCUUCAAUCAAAGGGGAAAAUCAACUGUUAACCGGCGAGUGGACGCAUUUAAGGCCAUCGAAAAAGACAAACAAAAGGGCAGGCGUGCAUGAAGUGAAAUCUGGCGGCUAACCGGCCGGUGAGUCUGGGCCAUCAUCAAUUACCCCAUAUCCUCGCACCUGGCCAUUAAAGUCAAGAGGGGAGUGUGGCAAAAGUGUGGAGAGCAACAGGUCGGCCGCGUAAGUCCCAGGACGCCAGGACGCCAGGACCUCGAGCCCCAUAAGUGGGCGAGAGUACGUGACUUAAUCAGCGGACGCAGCAGGAUCCUGAGCCUGGCUAACGAGACGACCAGAAGAGUGAGGCGGCGGAGGAGGAGGUGUCCCCCAUUUUCACCCGCAAUGAUUUCAUACACGGCACAGUGAGCAGCAGCAACAUGACAGAUGUGUCAUCGCCAGCUGGCGGCGCCGCAGCUCCGGUUGAAAUAACCACCAGUAGCACAACAGCCGCCACAACGUCGGCGUCCUCGGUGUCCAAGCCGCUGACCAAUGGCGCCAACAAGACGGCCACGUCAACGGCAAUUGGCGGAUCAUCCCCUCCAAUUCCCUCCAGCAGCUCCGGUGGCAGUCAGGCCAAGCUGGACCAUCAUCACCGGCAGAGCAAUAACAAUCGACCCACAAUAAAUCCCAGUUCGGAAACCAAGCUGAGAUCUCCGGGUGGCGAAAGUGAUGCCACCUCAAGGUUAAUGGCACCUGCCCCAUCCGCAUCGCAGUCCCCAGCUCAAGCCAGUGUCCAAACCCAAACGAGUCAGCAGGAGAGGCUGGGCAAGCCGAGUCCCACGACAUCUCAGCAGGAUGUCGACGAGGUGGCCCGACUCUUCGAGGAGAAGCCGGAGGCCUUCGAGAAGUGGCUGACGGAGAGGGCUCCUCCCGAGGCCCUCAGCCGCCUGCAGGAGUUCAUCGAGAACCGCAAGCCGCACAAGCGACCCUCGGUCACCUCCGAUCUCUUCCAGCAGUGGAUGGCCGCCUCGCCCACCGUGCAGCAGAAAUCACCGAGGAGCCUCUCCAACUCUUCGGCAUCGUCGCUUCCCGAGAGCCGGAGGCAUCUGAUGGACUUGGACGAGGGCGAGCUGUUCAUGGAACUGAUUCGCGACGUGGCCAACGAACUGGACAUCGACGUGCUGUGCCACAAGAUUCUGGUCAAUGUCGGCCUGCUCACCCACGCGGAUCGCGGCUCACUCUUUUUGGCCAAAGGCACGCCCACCAACAAGUAUCUGGUGGCCAAGCUGUUCGAUGUUACACAGAAGACAGCACUCAAGGACGCGGUGACUCGGGCCAGUGGUGAGGAGAUAAUCAUUCCCUUCGGAAUCGGAAUCGCAGGAAUGGUGGCCCAGACAAAGCAGAUGAUUAACAUCAAGGAGGCCUACAAGGAUGCGCGAUUCAACUGCGAAAUCGAUCUGAAGACCGGCUACAAGACGAAUGCCAUCCUCUGCAUGCCCAUUUGCAAUUACGAGGGCGACAUCAUAGGCGUGGCGCAAAUUAUUAACAAAACGAAUGGCUGCAUGGAGUUCGACGAGCACGACGUGGAGAUCUUCCGUCGCUAUCUGACCUUCUGCGGGAUUGGCAUCCAGAAUGCCCAGCUCUUCGAGAUGUCCGUCCAGGAGUACCGGCGCAACCAAAUCCUCCUCAAUCUGGCGCGAAGUAUUUUCGAGGAGCAGAACAACCUCGAGUGCCUCGUCACCAAAAUUAUGACCGAGGCCCGCGAACUCCUCAAAUGCGAACGGUGCUCGGUGUUCUUGGUGGACCUCGACUGUUGUGAGGCGAGCCAUUUGGAGAAGAUAAUUGAGAAGCCCAAUCAGCCAGCCACCCGCGCCAUCAAGUCCGCCGAUAGUUUCGAGGAGAAGAAAAUGCGCAAUCGUUUCACUGUGCUAUUCGAACUUGGUGGGGAAUAUCAGGCUGCCAACGUUUCGAGACCCUCUGUCAGCGAGUUGAGCUCCUCGACGCUGGCCCAAAUUGCUCAGUUUGUGGCCACCACCGGACAAACAGUCAACAUCUGCGAUGUCCACGAGUGGGUCAGGGAUCACAAUCAGAUUCGGGCCGAGGACGAAAUCGACAGCACCCAGGCCAUCCUCUGUAUGCCAAUUAUGAAUGCCCAGAAGAAGGUGAUUGGCGUCGCCCAGCUUAUCAACAAAGCCAAUGGCGUGCCCUUCACCGAAUCGGAUGCCUCGAUCUUCGAGGCGUUUGCCAUCUUCUGCGGUCUGGGCAUUCACAACACCCAGAUGUACGAGAACGCCUGCAAGCUGAUGGCCAAGCAGAAGGUGGCCCUCGAGUGCCUCAGUUACCAUGCCACCGCCAGCCAGGAUCAGACGGAGAAGCUCACCCAGGACGCGAUUGCCGAGGCGGAGUCCUACAACUUGUAUAGUUUUACCUUUACUGAUUUUGAACUAGUUGACGAUGAUACUUGCCGUGCAGUGCUGCGCAUGUUUAUGCAGUGCAAUCUGGUCUCGCAAUUCCAGAUUCCUUAUGAUGUCCUUUGCCGUUGGGUUUUGAGUGUUCGGAAGAACUAUCGCCCCGUGAAAUAUCACAAUUGGCGGCAUGCACUUAACGUGGCCCAGACAAUGUUUGCCAUGUUGAAAACUGGCAAGAUGGAGCGGUUUAUGACGGACUUGGAGAUCCUGGGCCUGCUGGUGGCCUGUUUGUGCCAUGACUUGGAUCACCGUGGCACGAACAACGCCUUUCAGACCAAAACGGAAUCUCCGUUGGCCAUUUUGUACACAACUAGCACAAUGGAGCACCAUCACUUCGAUCAGUGCGUAAUGAUCCUUAAUUCGGAGGGAAAUAACAUAUUUCAGGCCUUGUCACCUGAGGACUAUCGCUCGGUCAUGAAGACCGUGGAAAGCGCCAUCCUGUCCACCGAUUUGGCCAUGUACUUCAAGAAACGGAACGCCUUUCUUGAGUUGGUGGAAAAUGGCGAAUUCGAUUGGCAGGGCGAGGAGAAGAAGGAUUUACUUUGUGGAAUGAUGAUGACUGCCUGCGAUGUGAGUGCUAUUGCCAAACCCUGGGAAGUGCAGCACAAAGUGGCCAAGUUGGUGGCCGAUGAGUUCUUCGACCAAGGAGAUCUUGAAAAGCUGCAGCUCAACACCCAACCAGUGGCCAUGAUGGACAGGGAGCGCAAGGACGAGCUGCCCAAGAUGCAGGUGGGCUUUAUCGACGUGAUCUGCCUGCCCCUUUAUAGGGUGCUCUGCGACACCUUCCCCUGGAUCACUCCCCUUUACGAGGGCACCCUGGAGAACCGACGCAACUGGCAGGAUCUGGCCGAGAAGGUGGAGAUGGGCCUCACCUGGAUCGACCAUGAUACGAUUGACAAGCCCGUGGAGGAGUUUGCCGCCUGUGCGGAUGAGGAGAUCAAGGACAUUGAGUUCACAGUCACCACUCUCAAUUGCAAUCAGCAAUCGCAGCACGGCAGCGAGGAUAGCCACACACCGGAGCACCAGCGAAGUGGCUCCAGAUUGAGCAUGAAGAAGACAGGAGCCCUGGGCAAGGCCGUUCGUUCCAAGCUCUCGAAGACCCUCUACAACAGCAUGGAUGGCUCGAAGCCAAAGACCUCUCUGAAACUGCUGGAGUCCCAUGUCAGCGAGGACAUGGACGACAAGAGCCCCACGAGUCCUUCGCAGCCGCAGGCAUCCGGCAGCGUGGGCCGCAUGUCCGCCUCGUCAUCCACCUCGUCGGCCGGCGGUCAGAUGGUGGACAAGUCCAAAAAGCGCUCCAAACUGUGCGCGCUGUUAUGACGAAAGCCGUCCAAUUAGAAUAUGGCGACUCCCUCCAGCACGACGGCCAGUGAGACUGACCAAAAGUGUGGAGGGGGGCUGACCGAGUUCUAAUUGGAUAUUUGCGGUUUGGAAAAAUUCACAAUAACUUGUUGCUCUACCUGUAUCUAUUACAGUGUGACGUACUCUAUUUCGACUAAAUUUGAAUACCAUUCGUAUUGAUGAAACUAUACUUUAUAGCAUUCGAUUCAGUUUAAUAUUGACACUCAUAUUUAAUUUAAAACAAAUUCUACCACAUACUUCUGAAAUGAAAAAGCUAUGAAAAUGAUUUACUAACUAAUAUUAUUUGGAAAACCUUUUUCUUAAUAUGAAAUCAAAAGGGCCCCUAUUUAUUCGAAUUUUGUUUUCAUAUCCAUCAAAUCUGUAUAUUACAAAAGUACAAUUUCAUCAAAAAGAACUCCUUCAAAUUUAAUCGAAAUCGAAGUCGAAAGCGGGAGUAUAUGUAUAUGUUUGAUAUAUGUUUUAAGUACUAUAACUAUCCCUACACAAGCGGAUGAGCAUUAGGCAGAAGCAAAUGCAGUUGCAAUAUUAAGCAUAAGUGAAUGUCAAAAUAUGUGAUCUAUUUAAGGUCCCGAAGGUGCGAAGCCCCCGGGUUGAACCUUUUGUCGGAUACUAUCCCCUCUCUCUAUCUAUCUGUCUGUCGCUUUUAGGUGAUUGAAAACCGCGAAACUAAACUAACUAAGUAGAUCCAACCAACUAGCUAAGCGUGUACCUAGUUACCCUAACCAAAUCGUGCUAGUCAAACGUAUGAGAUACUAUAUGAAACACCCUAGUUAAGCAUUUGUGAGGCUAUAUUCCAGGCAUCGGGCAUCAGGGGGGAUCAUCACUAGUCCUCGCCUGUGAUCGGCUUGAAAUCUACUUUAUAGCUAAAUAAUAUUUGUAUGCACAGACGUGUGUAUUUACCUAGCAAACUAUAGCAAUAUUAUAUGAUAUUUCCCACACGAUUGUGAGCACAGCACAAAUAUUGAGAAAUCGAAAUCCUCUAAAACGCUCUAAUAUGAAUGAAUUAUACAUUUCGUACUAUGUUUGAUUGUAUAAAUAUAAAUAUUAGCUUAAAGAUAGACAGCAGUCAAUUUUUGAACUCGAACUCAAACAAAAUACGAAUACGAUAAACAUUUAGCAUAUAUUUAAUCGCACUCGGUUAAUACGAAUAGACCGGUCCCACACUCUCCUAGUUGUUGCAAUGAAGUUUACUUUAUCUGUGUGUACGUGUACAAAGAAAACUAUAUACUGUAGAGCAUAAAUAUAAACUAAAUAUAUAAAUAUAUACGGAAACUAUAUGAAAUAUUUACAUGUGACUAAUGUAACUAUAACUGAAUUGCUUAGAAUUAACGUGUUUAAGUGCAUCUCAUUUAUUUUUUCCAUUGGUCUGCGUGUGCUAAACAAAUUUGGCUAUAAGAAUAUUAACAAAGAUAAACGUUUAAAACUAUUUUUCUAGUUACUCUGCCGCUCGCUUGAAAAUCAAAAUCCAGAUAACUUUAUGAGCCGAUUUGAGCAUUUUUCUGGGUUUAGUUGUGACAAUUGAUUGUGUAUAUUUCUCUAGACAGUUUCGUUGCUUGUUUCUGUUCACCAACGAUUUACAAUUUAUUCACAUUUGUUUACCUAAUUGUGUAAGACUUGCAAUUAAAUCAAAAAUAAAUCACACCAUUGAGAAU